AUUUGGCAUCUAAUCUUAAUGUGUGCCCUCACGGCUUGAAUUUUUCUCUCUCGAUUUGGUUAGCACCCGGCGGGUUUCUCAAGAUAUGCCUGGAUUUUGUGUUAUUGCACUGCCCGUUUAUGAUUAUCGAAGGCAUUCCGAUUUUGGGGGGCGUAAGCGAAUGAUCUAGGAUUGAUCAAUCUCUUUGCCUGUUUAUUUAUGUCUGUUUUUAAUAAGAACAGAUCAGGCUGUAGGGAACAUCAUCGUAAGUCGAGUACAGGUGUCGGAACAAUUUUAGACGGCGGCGGCGGUGGCAAGGAUGAGGCGGCCGGCGGUAGGGAAGGGGGAAUCAAUACCGAUGAGAGAAUAGAGGGAGGUGAUAAUAGGAAGGGGAAUGGGAAAAGUGUUUCCCUUCUCCGGCUAAGAAAGUUGAAGAAGAGUGUGCAGCGGAAUAAGGAGAGGAACAGUGCUGUUGUUCCGAGGUCCUUUGGGACAGUGGCCUCUAGGAGCAGUGGUGGGAGUUGUUGCUUGUGCUUAAGGUUUCGGCGGCCUGCGGAUUUGUCAAGUGAUUCACAGUCAAGUGACCCUAAUAGCCCGGAUUUUAGUCACGAGCUGCUGAGUUCCUUGAUUGAGAAGAAUGAUUUUUAUUCCAAAGAAUGCAACCCGCAUUUGGAUGUUCAAUUUCCCCCCUCAUGAAAGUAUAUAGACAGGUGAGAUUUGUGAUGCAUUGGUGUUGAAUUAUAAACUCAAAUAUGAAGCUGUGGUUUGGAUUCUGCAACAAUGUUUAUGAAGUAAUGGUAUGGUAGGGUCAUAACAUCUCCACCUUAAGAUUCACUUUGAAAUGAAUGAAAGCUCGGAAACAUAACGAUUUUUGGCCAUUUUGGGUGUUUCUUGAGACAUGGGAAUUUUCUGCAUUGUUUUGCUCAACAAGGUCUAAGGGACUGACUGCAGUUAUUAUCGUUGCAUACUUGGACUGUUCAUGAUCUGUCAACUUGACCCACGCCGUGUAUCAAAAUUUCAUAUUUUUGGAACUUAUUAUUGAUUUGGUUUUGGUUGUUGUUGUUGUAUUCAUUAGCGUGGGAAUGUAUUUUAGAGUCUAGUGAUGUUAUUGCUCCGGAUUCUUUUGCCAGUAGCCACAGCCAUGACAGGGGAUUGUGGUAAGGUUGUUGUACUUCUCAAGGAGUGUGUAAACUGUGAACUUCGAUCUUGUUUUCCGAAAACUGGAAAAGGUAGGGAGGAAAAUAGAAAGUUCAUAUUUUGGAGAAUUUCUGGUUGGUUUGGUCCUCGGGACAUUAAUCAUAACGUAAGGGUUUCCAGAGAGCAAUUGGAACAGAUUUUCUCAUAGAGAUGCAUGGAUGCUUGUGUGCUUUUCAGUGUGCCCCAAAUAUUUCUGCAGUUUCUGUAUUACAUCUUGGAAAGGAACUGAGGUAAGUAAAUAUACUCUCUGAUACUUUUGCGUUCUAUUCGGUAUACCUUGUUUAUCUCUACAAUUAAGAACUGAGAUCAUUCGUCAUUGCGAAUUUGAGACUUCUUGAUUGUUGUGAUUCCGAUCGUUGCUUUGGUUUUUUUA